AUGAACCCUCCUUCCACAGCCGGCGAGGAAAAGGGGGCUGCGGGAGGCAGCAGCAACGCUUGCCGGGGAGCUGAAGGUGGCGGGGACCCUAGGAGUGCAGCCGCGGGAACAGCGGACCCGGAUGAGCCCGCACUAACCGCUCAGAAGGAAGAAUCCUUGGAAGAGAAGCUGAAGAGUUUAACCUUCAGGAAACAGGUGUCCUACAGGAAAGCAAUUUCCAGAUCCGGCCUUCAGCAUUUGGCUCCUGUUCAAAACCACAACAUUGCCAUCACCAACGGCCCAGUGAAGGAGCUCAGAAUGGCACUAGAAUGGAGUGAAAAUGCAGUGAAUGGCGAACAUCUCUGGCUAGAGACAAACGUUUCUGGGGACUUGUGCUACCUGGGGGAGGAGAGCUGCCAGGUCAAGUUCUCUAAAUCAGCUCCUCGAAGAAAAUGUGCCGCUUGUAAGAUUGUCGUCCACAAUGCAUGCAUGGAACAGUUAGAUAAGAUUAACUUUCGUUGCAAGCCAACUUUCCGAGAAGGCGGCUCUAGAUCUCCCAGAGAGAACUUUGUCCGACAUCACUGGGUGCACAGGCGGCGGCAGGAGGGGAAGUGCAAGCAGUGUGGAAAGGGCUUUCAGCAAAAAUUCUCCUUCCACAGUAAAGAGAUUGUGGCCAUCAGCUGUUCCUGGUGCAAGCAGGCAUUCCACAACAAGGUCACCUGCUUCAUGCUGCAGCACAUCGAAGAGCCAUGUUCCCUCGGAGCUCAUGCGGCUGUUAUCGUACCUCCCACCUGGAUCAUUAAGGUGAAGAAACCUCAGAAUUCACUGAAAAAUUCGACCAGGAGGAAGAAGAGGACGUCUUUCAAGAGGAAAGCCAGCAAAAGGAGCAACGAGGAGAACAAAGGCCGUCCUUUUGUGGUAAAACCCAUCUCUUCCCCACUCAUGAAACCAUUGCUUGUAUUUGUGAAUCCAAAAAGUGGAGGGAAUCAGGGUACUAAGGUUCUCCAGAUGUUCAUGUGGUACUUGAACCCACGUCAGGUCUUUGACCUCUCUCAGGAAGGACCAAGAGAUGCGCUUGAAUUGUACAGGAAAAUGCCAAAUCUUCGAAUCCUGGCCUGUGGUGGGGAUGGAACGGUGGGCUGGAUCCUCUCCAUCCUGGAUGAGCUGCAGCUGAACCCCCAGCCUCCUGUUGCUGUACUUCCGCUUGGCACUGGGAAUGACCUGGCACGCACCCUCAACUGGGGAGGGGGAUACACAGAUGAGCCUGUUGCAAAAAUUCUCUGCCAUGUAGAAGAUGGGACCAUUGUCCAACUGGACCGGUGGAACCUCCAGGUGGAGAGAAAUCCUGAUUUGCCCCAAGAUGAACUAGAAGAUGGAGCACGGAAGCUUCCCCUCAGUGUUUUCAAUAAUUACUUCAGCCUGGGAUUUGAUGCUCACGUGACACUGGAAUUCCAUGAAUCUCGAGAAGCAAAUCCUGAAAAAUUCAACAGCCGCUUUCGAAAUAAAAUGUUUUAUGCUGGGGCAGCUUUUUCAGACUUCCUUCAGAGAAGCUCUAGAGAUUUAUCCAAGCAUGUGAAAGUUGUGUGUGAUGGCACAGACCUGACCCCAAAGAUCCAGGAGCUGAAAUUCCAAUGUAUAGUGUUUUUAAACAUACCCAGGUAUUGUGCUGGCACAAUGCCCUGGGGGAAUCCAGGAGAUCACAGAGAAUUUGAACCACAGCGGCAUGACGAUGGUUACAUUGAGGUCAUUGGGUUCACCAUGGCUUCCUUGGCUGCUCUUCAAGUGGGAGGCCACGGAGAAAGGUUGCACCAGUGUCGGGAAGUGACGCUGCUGACGUACAAGUCCAUCCCCAUGCAAGUGGACGGGGAGCCUUGCCGGCUGGCUCCCUCGCUCAUCCGAAUCGCCCUGAGGAAUCAGGCCAAUAUGGUGCAGAAAAGCAAAAGGAGGACUUCGAUGCCUAUGCUCAACGACAUUCCUAAAGUGCCCUCUGCUGACCUGAGGAGAGUUUCAGCUCCCCCUGAUUCCUUCGCCAUUCCCCAUGCCGUCUUAGAGCGCCUGAGGAUCAGAGUGAAUAGAAUUAGUUUACAGGAUUAUGAGGGACUGCAUUAUGACAAGGAAAAGCUUCGAGAAGCUUCUAUUCCUUUGGGAAUGAUCGUUGUCAGAGGAGACUGUGAUUUGGAGACCUGUCGCAUUUAUGUGGAUCGCCUAGAGGAGGAUUUACAAUCCGUAACUUCAACAACACAGAGAGUCCACUACCAGGACCAGGAAAGCUCUUUCCCAAGAGCAUUGUCGGUUCAGAGGCUUUCCCCUAGAUGGUGCUUCCUAGAUGCAACUUCUGCUGAUCGCUUUUACCGCAUCGACAGAUCUCAGGAACAUUUGCACUUCGUGACUGAAAUUUCGCAGGACGAGAUUUUUAUUCUGGACCCAGAAAUGGUGGCAACGCAGCCUGCAGGGACGCCUCCAGGAAUGCCUGAUCUGGUAGUGGAGCAGGCCUCUGGAAUAUCAGAUCGGUGGAAUCCUGCUGUUCGAAAGCGCAUGCUGAGCGACAGCGGCCUGGGGAAGAUGUCCCCGCACUACGAGGUACCUGAGAAACAAAAGGAGGCCAGCAAGACGCACAUGCUGCUGUCUCCAGUUUCUUCAGAAGAUCAAGCACUUUUACAGUCAGUAAUAGCUGGUGAUUUUCUAAAAUUCAUAGACUGCUGCAAAAAAGGAGCUAAUCUGUUAAUCCAGGGACCUGACCACUGUUCCUUGCUUCACCACGCAGCCAAGACUGGGCAUGGCGAGAUUGUGAAGUACAUCCUAGAUCACGGUCCUUCUGAGUUACUGGAUAUGACAGACAGUGAAACGGGUGAGACGGCACUGCACAAGGCAGCCUGCCAGCGCCACCGUGGCAUCUGCCAGUUAUUGGUGGAGGCAGGAGCGUCAUUGAGGAAAACGGAUUCCAAGGGCAGGACACCUCGAGACAGGGCGCAGAAGGCUGGGGACCCAGAUCUAGCCUCAUAUUUGGAGAGUCAUCCGAACCACCAAGUGGUUCCCCACGAGGACCUAGAGACUGCAGUGUGAUAUUUGUGGUGUGUGAGAGAGAUAAAACCCUAGGAGAUCACAAGGCUACACCUGAGGCAUUCUCGGGUGUCAUGUGAGGAAGGAGCUAAUGGAAUCCAUGCAUCUCUCGCUCUCAUGCAAAAUAUCGGAGAAGAUGCCACCAAUUUCUAAGGGCUACGGAGA